GAUUGCUCAUCUGAAGAAGGAGCUCUGUGCAGGCUCUGGGCACUGCUGUCAUGGCUGCUGCUUCCCCUCUGAGAGAGCUGGAGGGUGAGGUGCUCUGCUCUAUCUGCCUCGACUACUUGAGAGACUCCGUAGCCGUUGACUGUGGCCACAUCUUCUGCCACCACUGCAUCAUUCGGUUAUGUGAGUCUACUAGGCAGCCAUUGCAUUGUUCUCUCUGCAAGGCCAUCUUUAAGAAAGAGAAUAUUUGCCAUGUGUGGCAGAUGGCCAGCCUAGUGGAAAACAUCUGGAGGAUGAAGGUAGAUGAGGAGAGACCACCCAGAGAGGACAGACCACUUGAACAGAGUGCAGAGAAGCUAUGUGGGCUGCGUUUGGGGAAGCUGCAUUAUUACUGUAAGGAUGACCAGCAAAUACUGUGUGUGAUGUGCCGGGAGUCCCGGGAGCACAGAUACCAUGCUGCUGUUCUCUUGGAGAAGGCUGCACAGCCUUUUCGGGGUAAAAUUUUAAACCAUCUGAAGAUUCUCAAGGGAGACAGGGAUAGGAUUGAGAAAUUUCAGUCUACAGGAGAAGAUGAGCUUGAGGCCCUGCUG